GUCAUUAGAUGACAGCUAGCUGUCAGAAAGUGAGUUCAUUCCCCGGACUCAAGAAGACGGUACGCUGUCGAGAGCUUUUACCCCCCUUAAUGCUUGCAUUUAUCGACCAGAAACAGUGAGCCAAGAGGACAAUUCAUUUCACGGAGCCCGGCCAUGGACGAACAGGCGGGCCCCGGCGUGUUCUUCAACAAUAAUAACAACUCGGUCUUACCAGGCGCUGGUAAAGGACCGCUGCCUGAUGGCGACGUAGGGGAGGCGGCUCGGGCGCAGUACAGUAUCCCGGGGAUCUUACACUUCCUGCAGCACGAAUGGGCCCGAUUCGAAGUAGAGCGAGCACAAUGGGAUGUGGAGCGUGCCGAGUUACAGGCUCAAAUUGCCUUCCUACAAGGGGAGAGGAAGGGCCAGGAGAAUCUGAAGAAAGACCUUGUGAGGAGGAUCAAAAUGUUGGAGUAUGCGCUGAAGCAAGAGAGAGCAAAGUACCAUAAAUUAAAAUAUGGGACAGAAUUAAAUCAAGGAGAUGUGAAACCUCCAAGCUACGAUUCCGACGAGACGAAUGAGAACGAGACUUCUGGAUCAUUGAACAAUCAACUGUCCUGGAAACAAGGCCGUCAGCUCCUCAGACAAUACCUUCAGGAGGUGGGCUACACAGACACCAUCUUAGAUGUGAAGUCACAGCGUGUCCGGGCGUUGUUAGGACUAGCCGGCGAUGGAAGUGGGAAGACUGGUGAGCGUAUGGGUCCCGAGCCGUUGGUCAAUGGGACAGACACGUCGACAAAGAGCAUGGGCACUCGAGGGAAAACUGAGCUCUCGGACACAAGCGCAGUACUGGAGGCCUUCAAGUUCAUCGAGAAUGCGGCAGCUGAGUUCAGUGACGAGGAUGAUGACGAAGAUAGCGAGGGGAGAGAUAGGACUAAUGUGGAGUCCCGGACGAUCAUUAGGAAGAAGCCAUCAUCAUCAACACCGCCAGCCAGCAUGGACACUAGCGAGGACCCAGACACAGAAGAUGCUCUGAAGGGCUUUGACUUCUUGUCGAGUCCUGACGAGAUGGACAUCUCUCCUGAGUGCAGAGGCACGGGCGACGGGACCGACUGGGACAAGGACGAGCAAGGUCCCACAUCUGAGGCCUGGGACGUGGACCAGAGUCUGAUAACCAAACUCAAGGAGCAGUACAGAAAGGAACGCAAGGGGAAAAAGGGGGUGAAGAGACCCAACCGGUCCAAGCUGCAGGACAUGCUGGCUAACCUCAGAGAUGCAGAGGAUGUGUCCCACAUGCAGCCUCCCUCCACCGCCCAAUCCCGGCCAAACGUGGUGCGCUUCAACGAGCAUGAUGGGGGCCGACCAGAUGAAGUGGAGGCGCUGACCUUCCCGCCCACCUCAGGGAAGUCGUUCAUUAUGGGCUCAGACGAGGCCAUGGAGAGUGAGCUGGGCCUUGGCGAGCUGGCCGGGCUCACUGUUGCCAACGAGGCCGACAGCCUGGCAUACGAUAUUGGCAACAAUAAGGACGCAAUGAGGAAAACCUGGAAUCCUAAAUUUACUCUCCGGAGCCAUUUUGACGGGAUUCGUGCCCUAACCUUCCACCCUGUCGAGCCUGUCCUGAUCACUGCCUCGGAAGAUCACACACUCAAGAUGUGGAACCUUCAGAAAACAACUCCAGCCAAAAAGAGUACAUCUUUAGAUGUGGAGCCCAUCUACACUUUCAGGGCCCACAGGGGGGCUGUACUGAGUGUGGUCAUGAGCAGCAGUGGGGAGCAGUGUUUCAGUGGAGGAGUGGACGGCACCAUCCAAUGUUGGAACAUGCCCAAUCCCAACAUUGACCCAUAUGAUUCCUAUGAUUCCUCAGUGCUGCGUGGGGAGCUGUGUGGACACACCGACUCGGUUUGGGGCUUGGUGUACAGCAGCGCACACCAGCGUCUCCUUUCCUGCUCAGCUGACGGGACGGUUAGACUGUGGGACGCCAACAGCACUUCUCCUGCCCUUGCAGUAUUCAAUGAAAAUAAAAAGCUGGGGGUGCCCUCUUCUGUGGAUCUGGUGUGCAGCGAACCAGCUCACCUGGUUACAUCCUUCACUAGUGGCGAGAUCGGCCUCUUCAACAUGGAGACGCGUCAACAGGUCCUCAGUUUGGAGUCCAAUGGAGAGCAAGGUCCCCCCAGUCACAUCAACAAGAUCCUCAGCCACCCCACCCUCCCCAUCACCAUCACAGCCCAGGAGGACAGACACAUCAAAUUUUUUGACAACAACACUGGCAAACUGGUCCACUCGAUGGUGGCACACCUGGAUGCUGUCACCAGCUUGGCUGUGGACCCAAAUGGACUCUAUCUCAUGUCGGGCAGUCACGACUGUUCCAUCCGACUGUGGAACCUGGAGAGUAAAACCUGCAUCCAAGAGUUCACGGCUCACAGGAAGAAGUUUGAGGAGUCCAUUCACGAUGUGGCUUUUCAUCCGUCAAAAUGCUACAUCGCCAGCGCCGGGGCGGACGCUCUCGCAAAGGUAUUUGUAUGACGCAGUGAGGCGUCUCUCCCCGUAGCCCCCUCCCCCGACUCCGCCUCCCGUCAUCAGGGACCAAUAGAGGCACAGGAGGGGAAGAGACCUACAGGCACGGGUCCAAUUCCACCCCACAGCGCCCUCUGGUUUCCUGUCAGACUAUGUAGCUGCAAACAGGCCAGGGCUGACCACGUGAAGGUCGGGCUGGGAGGCCAGUCCGGAGGAGAACUGUCCUCCUGCCCCCUCCCCCCCGUCUAGCAUCCAGGCAGGCCUGGGUGUGACCGCUCGCAGCGCCCAGCAGCAACUACAGACUUCACCUCCACAGCAAGGAGGCUCAGGACACGUGUGAAAGAAAGUGUGUGGAGUGAAUAAAGAAGGUUUCAAGCCGGUCUUCUGCUCCUCAAACUCCAGCCCACACCCCUCAGGCCUUUUCCCUCAUCAGACACGCCCCGUAAGUUUUCUUUUCUCCUUGGCUUCCCUGACUGACUCUGCUUGCUGGUCUGCCUUUUUAUUUUCCUUUUUGAAAACACUUGUUGACAAAUGUGCCUUUGCUUUAAAAGGCCUCAGUAAUGUUAUUUUAACAAGCUUGUUUUAGGGGGGGAACGGGGAGGGAGGGGGACGGCACACAAACGAAUCUGGUUGCUGAUUUUAACAUCGGGUGUAAAAUGACAAAUGCUUAUAAUAGACAAAAUAUAUAUUCAGUCUUAAAAUUAACUGUGCAGUGUGAGUUUGAGUGCUCCUUUUUGAUAAAUGUGUUUGGGAAUCAGUUUUGUGCAUUUUCACAGCAAGGCUGGUAGAGUGACACAGAGCAGAUACACUAUAUUGUCUGUUUGGUAGAUUAUUGUACACUUGACAAGUAAGAUUAACGUACAAACAUUUGUGUCUAAAGUAAACCAUUUUUGGUUAUCCUAUUAAAGUUAAUGAAAAAAAGUUGGUUAUUGAUGUCCAUUCUAGGAAUAACUCAUUGAUCUUGGCCAGUUUGCUCUUGUUCCAAUUGAAUGGCUUGUACUGUUUGUAGUCCCCCCUCCCAACUGUGUGGACAUGCUCGAUUACAACGUGAUGUGUCAUGCCCAGCUAUUGACGGUAGUCCAGUGUUUAGCAGGAACUUAGCGCAGUACUUAGGACGCUCUCAAAUAAUACAUUCACAUUCUAACACGGUGUGAGGUGAAAUGACCUGCGAGUUCUAAUCCUACUGUAACUGUGAGGCGAGACGAAUCAAUUUGAUGAGGAGUGCAAGCAUCAAAGGAGCCAUUUUCUCAGUCACUGGUUUGUAAAUCAAAGCAAUGCUCAAAAUAAAACCUGCUGUAAACGAUCAA